AUGGACCAAGAAUCUCAACAGUUUUAUCAGCUGUGGAGACUUGCUGUCCAAGAAAGAGAUGAAGCAAGAGAACAACUGAUGCAUUCACUCGCCGAACUCUCACAGUUACGGGAACUCCUUAACAUUAUACUGUUGUCUGAAGGAAAAAUAACCAGUAACUACUACCUAGAAGCCGCAGAUGAAUCUACUAUUCAUCAAAACUGUAGUUACAAUCUAUCUCCCGGUGAUUCUUCUUCGUACACAAGUGUUAAUACAUCUCCGUUGAAUCUCAGCGUUCGGUCGAAUCAGAUGGGAUUUGUGGUUGAGGAAAUGAGAGAUUUUGAAACCGUUGUGUUGGAGAUGAUCGGAGGAGUGUACCCGGAAAACGGUAAGUUUUUGCAAGCUGUUAGUGAAGCUGGAUCGUUGGUUGAGUCAUUGUUCAUAGCCGGUCCGGUUCCAAAAUGGAUAACUUCUCCGGUUCAAUUGUCUAGUCAAAAACCGGUUUUAAGUAAAAAUAUCAUCACUGGUAAUGGUAUUUGGAAUUACGGUGGUUUGGUGUUCCAAAAUCAGUGUCACGCUUCAGUUUAA